AUCCCAGAUUUAAAGAUUUAGAAUUUGUUUCAGAAGAAAUACACAUUAAAACUUUGGAACAAUUCAAAAAAGCUUAUCAAGAUAUAAAAAAUUUAACUAAUGAUAAUCAAGAAAUUGAAUGUAAUUUAGUUAAAUCUAAUUCAUUUUUGGCAAGAAUGUUUCAAAACAACAAUAAUAUUGAAGAA